AUGGAAGACAUUAUAAGCAGCCUCUCGGAUGAGAUUCUGCAGCAAAUACUCUGUUUUAUGCACACCCGAGACGCUAUCAGGACGAGCGUUCUGUCGAAACGGUGGAAAGAUAUCUGGAAAGGCGUACCGAAAAUCGUCUUUGAGCCCUUCGACCACCGGAUCACGCUCGACGAAUCGCUCUCUGAUGCGUACGAAAAGACGCUUUCUCUUCACGUUUCGCCAAAGAUCAAGACUUUCGUCGUCUCCUGUAACUUCGAGCCACGGGACAAUGGGCCGAGAAUCGAUCAGUGGAUAAAGUUUGCUGUCGAUCACAGAGUUGAAGAUCUUUCACUGAGCUUAAGCUUCUUCGUUCUCGACGGUAUUUCUCAACCGAUACCCGAGUUUUAUCACCGGUUGCCCGAAUUCCUGUACAACAACAAGACACUUGUUACAUUGAAACUGGAUUUGGUCCGAUGCAACCUCACACCGAGAAACAACAUUUCUUGGCCGUCGCUUAAGAGCUUGACGCUCGCUUUCUGCACGUUGAGCGACGAGUUGAUGGUAAACAUCCUCUCGGGUUGCCCUUUGCUCGAGAAUUUGGCACUGGAAUUCUGCAAGAACGUUAGCCGGAUCGAUAUAAAAUCUCGGGUUCUGAAACGACUAGAGAUAUGCGGAAUGAGAGAUCAUCCGUCGGGAAGAACUGAGAUUCGGGCACCGAACAUUUCUUCACUGAUCCUGAGAGAGCAUUCCAACCACAAGUAUCGAAUAGUCGACGUUUCUUUUGCGUCAGAAGCCGAUAUUUCCUUCUCUGUAUCGGACAGAUUACCCGAUUUUUCGGCGAAAAGAAUCAUCAACGAGUCUGUGGAUACGCUUCUCAACAUUCUCCCGAAGCUGCAACACGUCGAAAAUCUCUCUCUUGGAACCUGGACUCUUCAAAUUCUAUCGGUUGCAGAGCUAAAGGGACUUGCAUACCCUUUCUUGAAGUGCAAACAUGUAGCGUUUCACGGGAUGAUCGAUAAAUUUACGCUCCCGGGAAUAGCACGGCUUCUGCAACGCUCGCCCGAGCUGAAAACACUCAUCAUAAACCUCGAAUCAACAGGGCAUUUCCCGGCAUGCCAUUUAGAAGAUUAUAUCCCGAAUUUGGAAGAAGAUUACCUGAGAUCAGGGAACAGAGUGUUCCUCUGUUUGCUGCAUUCAUUGAAGACAGUGAAGAUCACAGAAGCCAAAACAGAACAGAACUAUGGAUCCAGACAUGAGCUGUUGGUGUCUGUGUUGGAGUUUUUGCUCAGCAGUGGGAGGGUAUUGGAGAAGAUGAUCAUCCAAGUGAAACCGCAUCCUCAUGAUUCUGAAUUAAACGAAUUGAUCAAGAUUAGAGAAAAUUUAUCGCAUUGUCCAAAAGCAUCAAAAGAUGUUGCAGUUUGUCUGCAAAAACUGGUUACAACUGUUUAG